AUGAAGGCCGGCGGUGGUGCCGCAUCCGACCCGGAGAGCGGCGGCAGCAGCAGCGAGAGCAGCUCGGACAAGUCCCUGCCCCCCGCCGGGGGCCCGGGCAAGCGCAAGCGGAAGAGCCCCCGGCUGAGCGGGCUGAGCAAGCAGCGGCAGGCGGCCAACGCCCGGGAGAGGGACCGGACCCACAGCGUCAACUCCGCCUUCAGCGCGCUCCGCACGCUCAUCCCCACCGAGCCCGCCGACCGCAAGCUCUCCAAGAUCGAGACGCUGCGCCUGGCCGCCAGCUACAUCGCGCACCUGGCCAACGUGCUGCUCCUGCAGCAGGGCGAGGGGGCGGAGCCGCCUUGCCUGCAGUACCAGCCCCGCCUGCAGGGCGGCGGCACCGCGGCGGCGCCCCGGCCCAUCUGCACCUUCUGCCUCAGUAACCAGAGGAAGCUGAACAGAGAAGGGGAGAAACACUUGUCUAUUUAA